AUGCCUUCAUCAACUGCGCCCGUGUCGAGCUCCGACAACGCAAAGGUUCACAAACUUCAAAUCAAGGGUUCGGCAAAGCUCGUAACAGAGUUUUUCGAGUAUGGCAUCAACACCAUCCUCUUUCAACGAGGCGUGUAUCCUCCGGAAGACUUCUCCGCUGUCAAGAAAUACGGCCUCACGAUGAUGACGACGGUUGACGACCAGGUCAAGGCGUACAUCAAGAAGAUCAUGGGUCAGCUCAGCAAGUGGAUGCAGAAGUCCAAAAUCUCCAAGCUCGUCGUUGUCAUCACGAGCAAGGAGACGGGCGAGCACGUGGAGAGGUGGCAAUUCGAUGUCAACAUCUUUGGGAAUGCAGACUCCCAGAAGAAGUCCGGCAAGGGCGCGGCCGACAAGGAGAAUUCCUCGCCCGAGACCGCAAAUCCACAGCAAACGACUCCCGACGAGAAAACGGAGGCGCAGAUCCAACAGGACAUCCAGGCUCUGUUUCGGCAAAUCACCGCUUCCGUCACCUUCCUCCCGAUGCUGGACGGCAACUGCACCUUCAACGUUCUCGUCUAUGCCGAUGUGGAUUCCGAAGUGCCUCUGGAGUGGGGCGACAGCGAUGCAAAGGAAGUGAAGAAUGCGGAGAAGGUCAUGCUGCGCAGCUUCUCUACCAACUCUCACAGAAUUGAUACGGUGGUGUCUUAUCGCCUUGCCGAAUAA